CACCGCCUCUACGGCAAGCGCCCUCAGGGGAGCGGCAGCUAGGUAUCUAUCAGCGGGGUUUCUCCGAUUAGCGCCCCAAGUGGAUCGGCCAGAGGGACUGCGGCUGGGUCUACAGGCGUUUCGAGUCCCUUCCGGAAGCGACCGAAUUCUAAAAGUCGGGCUACCAAUGUGGCGACGGAAGAAGGCGAAGCAGUAUGGCAACCGUUGUAAUUAAAGGAGGAGAGACUUUAAACUUAAUUCCGGAAGGCGCCGGCAGGAAACCUCCAUAUCAGUCGCUGGGCCGUUUUUACAGUUGAUGGACUGUUUGGAGCCGCCCAAUACGGUUUUAGAGGUUCAUCAUAUAAAAAUUGGGUACCCUGCAUACGGAUGGAAGCUGCGCCGCGAGGCCCGCCUGCGCCGCGAGUACCUGUACCGCAAGGCCCGCGAGCAGGCGCAGCGCUCCGCCCAGGAGAGGAAGGAGAAGGUCCGGCGAGCGCUCGAAGAAAACCGCCUGAUUCCCACUGAGUUACGCCGCGAGGCUCUGGCUUUACAGGGGUCCCUGGAGUUCGAUGAUGCUGGUGGCGAAGGUGUGAUCGGCCACGUGGAUGACGAGUAUCGGUGGGCAGGGGUCGAAGAUCCCAAGGUCAUGAUCACUACGUCCCGAGACCCCAGUUCCCGCCUCAAGAUGUUUGCAAAGGAGCUGAAGCUGGUCUUCCCAGGUGCCCAGCGAAUGAACCGAGGCCGGCACGAGGUGGGGGCGCUGGUGCGAGCCUGCAAAGCCAACGGGGUCACCGACCUGCUGGUCAUCCACGAACAUCGAGGCACACCUGUGGGGCUCAUUGUCAGCCACCUGCCCUUUGGCCCUACCGCCUACUUCACACUGUGCAACGUGGUCAUGCGACAUGACAUCCCGGACCUGGGCACUGUAUCGGAGGCCAAGCCCCACCUCAUUACCCACGGCUUCUCCUCUCGCCUGGGCAAGCGGGUGAGUUUGGGGUCCCGGGGCCAGGGCUGGGGGCUAGGGACCAGGCCAGGCAUUGUCACCCCCUCCCUUGUGUCCCAGGUUUCUGACAUCCUCCGUUACCUGUUCCCCGUGCCCAAAGAUGACAGCCACCGUGUCAUCACCUUUGCAAACCAAGAAGACUACAUUUCAUUCCGGCACCAUGUCUACAAGAAGAUGGACCAUCGCAACGUGGAGCUGACCGAGGUUGGGCCCCGCUUUGAGCUGAAGCUGUACAUGAUCCGGCUGGGCACACUGGAGCAGGAGGCCACGGCGGACGUGGAGUGGCGCUGGCACCCCUACACCAACACCGCACGCAAGAGGGUCUUCCUGAGUGCUGAGUGAGGACACAGACAGGGAGCUCACAGACAGGCCCACCAAGCCCGAGUGCAGGACCGUGGGCUGGGGGGUUCUGAAUAAACCCUCUGUGUCACA